AUGGCUGCUUGCAGUAUUGAAGACGUGUUGGCGAAAGUAGAACGAGAUGAAGCUGAAAAACUCAAAAGUAUAACGGUUCAAAAAGAACUGGAUCUCGAGUUUGAUGCUGGUAAUUUGCUCGCGUUGGACAAGAAUCGUAUAGAUGUCAGCGAUUUUAAACAGCAGAAAAAAGACGACUUUCUACGCUCCUUGGCACGAGACAACACGCAGCUCCUAAUCAACGAGAUAUGGAAACAUCCUACAGAAAGAGUCGAGGAGGUAAUCGUCGUGAAACUUCCAGAACCAACAACCGUCUUACCCAGGGAGAAACCGGCACCUAAACCGAGGCCUCCAACAAAAUGGGAAGAGUUUGCUAAGUUGAAGGGUAUUCAAAAGAAGAAGAAAACAAACCUGGUCUGGGACGAGGUCCAUAAAGAGUGGAGAAGACGCUGGGGAUACAAGCGUGCUAAGGAUGGCACGAAAGAAUGGUUGAUCGAAGUUCCUGAAAAUGCAGAUCCAAAUGAGGAUCAGUUUGCCAAACGGAACAAAGAAAAGAAAGAGAGGGUGGCAAAGAACGAGUUUAAUCGUCUUAGGAAUAUUGCCAGAGCUCAAAAGCUUAAAGUGCCUGGUGUUGGGCUACCCCCUGCUAGCCAGCAGUCAAAAACGGAACUGGCACAAGCAGUCAAUAUAGCCAAAAUAUCCACAGCCUCUGUGGGCAAAUUUCAGGACAGUCUACCGAAGGAAAAAGCUCCGAGGAACACGGGGAAAAGGAGAAAAUUCCAACCCGUUAUUGGCGACUUUGCCGAUGAGAAACAAAAACAGCUGGACAUUUUGAAAAUAAUGGACAGCAAAAAGCCGCGUCUUGAUAUCACCAAGGCGGUGAAUAAGCAAAUGAGAGAGGAGGACAUGGAAGCGGCAGCAAAACGUAGAAAAGAGUCAGCAAGAAAGGGGCGAAGAGGGCACAUGUCAGGGAGGGGUAAAGGUAGUGCCCCUGGUAAGGGAAAGGGGAAAGCGGCUAAAGGCAAGGGACGCAAUCCUCGUGCUAAGCAGGGGAAGCACUAACAUGAACUUUGCAUUCUGAAUCAUGUGCUUGAACUGAUGUUGGACAUGUCAUGGUCAACAGUGAUGAAAGGCACUUCUGCUUGUCUUAAAUGUUUAAGUGCCUUGUUACAGACGCUUGAACCAAGUCAACUGAUUGACAGCUGACGUAUUUCAAUGUCAGCAACAUGUUCAGCAGUUUAUCUUACGUUCUCGUAAACGCUGUAUACAAUGUGUCCAUUUUGUGAUAUGACUGAUGAGCAUCUGUGUAAUCGUUAAAGUAAUUUGUUCGGUCUAAAAUAAAUUGCUUCAUUCUGACCUGCGCACAUUGAGUUUUUGUAUAAUGUAAAUGAAGUGCAAGUAUCGUUUUUCCACUUAAAAUGUGUCCAAAAGGACUGAACCAAAAGCAUUGUCAACUGUUUUUUAUUCAUCAGAAUAUUACGUCACUGU